UUUUCGGGAGGGCGGAGCGGAGAUGUGCGGGGUGAGCGUCUGCGGUGGAGGGAUGGUGGCCGGCGUCCUCGGAUAGGAGAGUUCCAGGGCUCGGGCGGGACGCGGUUUAUGUUUCCUGCCAGCGAUCUUACGAUGCUGUGCUUAUCGCCGGCGAUUCGUCUGCAUGUAGAAAGGAAACCAGGGUCAGCCUCUGUCUUUAGAAGCCUCCAUCUCUGUGAGACCGAAGGAUGCCCCUUUCUGUCGUUCCGUUGCAUCCCCACGUGUCUUUGGAGAAGGUUUGUGUGCGUCUGUUGGUUUCCCCUGUCUUCAAAGCUAAAACCUUCCUGCUGACAACGAAGAAGGUAGAACAAUGGGAGUGACUAAUCUGUGGCAAAUCCUGGAGCCUGUGAGGCAGCCUGUAAGCUUGAGUAGUCUCAAAGGAAAGACACUUGCUGUCGAUUUAAGUCUGUGGGUUUGUGAAGCACAGACUGUUAAAAAGAUGAUCGGAGUAGUUACCAAGCCACAUCUGAGAAACCUGUUUUUUCGGUAUUCUUUUUUCACGUCAAUGGGGAUUAAAUUGGUGUUUGUCAUGGAAGGCGAGGCCCCCAAGCUGAAGGCAGACACCAUGAGUAAGAGAAAUGAGGUGCGAUACGGAGCUUCCAACAAACAUGGGGCUGCAAGAACAGGGAGAUCUCUUUUUAAAUCUAUUUUGAAAGAGUGCCUCCAGCUGCUGGAGUGUUUAGGUGUCCCAUGGGUUCAAGCAGCUGGGGAAGCAGAAGCAAUGUGUGCUUACCUGAAUGCAAAAGGCAGUGUUGAUGGGUGCAUUACCAAUGAUGGAGAUGUUUUCUUAUAUGGAGCUCAAACAGUUUAUAGGAACUUUGCCAUGACCUCUAAGGAGUCACAUCUUGAUUGCUACACAAUGUCCUCUAUUAAGGAGAAGCUUGGUUGUGACAGAGAGUCUUUGAUUGGACUAGCUGUUCUUCUGGGUUGUGAUUAUCUUCCAAAGGGUGUUCCAGGAGUUGGAAAAGAACAAGCUUUAAAAUUAAUUGAGACUUUGAGAGGUCAAAAUUUACUGCAAAGGUUUGAGCAAUGGAAAGAACAAUCUGAGCAUGAUAAUAAUCCACCUUUGGUUGUUAAAAGAGUAGUGCACUGUUCUGACUGCCAUCAUCCAGGAUCAUACAAGGAACAUGAGCGCAGUGGAUGUAAAUUCUGUGACAGCACUAGAUACUGCAAACCCAGUGACUCCAAAUACUGCUGCCCUUGUGAAUGGCAUCAGUUAGAGCAAGUGAAACAAGCAAGUGCAGUGGAGGACAAUAUCAGAAAAAAAGCUAAAAGUUGUGAAGGCUUUCCAUUCGCUGAGGUUAUCCAAGAAUUUCUUGUAAACAAGAAUAAACUGAACAAGAUAAUGGAAUGCAGAAGGCCAAAUUUAUUGUCAUUUCAGAUAUUUGCUUCUGAGAAGAUGGAAUGGACAAAGCAUUAUGCUUGUAAAAAGCUAUUAGUGCUGCUGACGCGUUAUGAUAUGAUCCAGAGAAAAUCUGGAUACAUUGAUUCAAAGCAACUGCAGGCAAUUCGAAUAGUCAAGACACGUGUUAAAAAUGGAGUUCCCUGUUUUGAAAUUGAGUGGGAAAAACCAGAACACUAUGUUGAUGCAGAAGAUGAGCCUGUGGAGUUGUAUGUAGUUACAAUAGAAGAGCAGCCUUUGUUUCAGGCUGCUUAUCCAGAUGUUGUUGCUCUUUACCAAAUGGAAAAGUCAGAAGUUCUGGCAAAGAAACAGAAAAACAAGAAAAACAGACCAAAAGAAAAGGAGUUAUCAGAUGCUUAUAGUGAAGUUACCAAUUUUCUGUCUCAAAUGAAUUUCAAGUCUGAGUGUGAAGUUGUUCCUGUGCCAGACCACACAUCUGAUGGAAAAACUCCACCUGAGUAUCAGAUAUGCCAGAGAAGCACGGAAUCAAAAGAUCCAGAGAUAACUGCAGCUUCUUGUGUAACAUCUGUUCAAAUGUCAGAAUCAGUUGGACUUUCUCAGACAGCAUCACCUUUCUUGCACUUAAAGAAUACAUUGACUGACUCAUCUGUAGUGCCAGCACAAUUUACUAAGAACUCGGGAGUGUCAUCCUCUGUAAGGGCUGAUCUACAACUGAGCAGCACUGAUGGGAAAGGAACCUUCUUCAGCACUUCACCAACCCAUGGGUGUAAUACCUGUGAUCCGGCACCCGAUUUGACUGCGUGCGUAAAACGUUCAUAUCCACUGCAUCACGGAACAGUGAAAAAUAGCUUGCAGUAUUCUGGUGCUGCACAGUCAGAUCCAGAUCAUUCUGAUAGUGCUGAUGAUUUGCUUUGGGAUGGCCACAUGGAACAACUUCAGAAGUUGUCUUUAAGUGAGCGUAUACUUAAGAAGACUUCUGUUCCAUCAAAGUCUGUGCUGCCAGAAGAUGUAAUGCAGCUGGAGUCUUUCAAACAUUUUAAGCACACAGAAGCAGCAUUGAAACUUGAUAAAGAUUAUUUCUCUUCCUCGUGUCAGUUAAAUAAACUAGCACGAGACACUAAAAACGUGUUCCCAGAAACCUGUGCAAAUGAAUCCAGUGCACCUGUUUCUAAAGAAAACGGCACCCAGCAUGAAAUGAUGCAGAAAGACUGUAUUAUGAGCUGCUCAACAUCUCGAGUCCCCAACAGGCAAACAACAGAGCCGUUGCAUACUGUGUGUGAAGUGCUUCCGCUGCCUCUUCCUUUGCCAGCAAAUGUUGUUCCUGUCCAUAACAUAACAAAAACUUGUACUCAGACUGCUUGGAAAACUUCUUUCAAGAGUGUGUGUCAGAGCAAAUGCUCUUCUAGCGAGGACAGUGAUGAUGGGAACAUGAAUAAAAAUCCAAUAUGUAAGCAGAAGAAAAGGCAACUGAACCCUGGCCAGUUAAAAAAAACUUUUACGAAGAAAAGGUAUAACACUGCUAGUGGCAAAAGUACCAGCAGUGACUCAGCACUUGUAAUUAAAGGGAUGGAGAAAACCACCAAUUUUAAGCAAGUUGGUGGGAAUUUGUCAUUGGAAGUAUCUCCAAAAAAUUCCUCUGUAGUUGAAAUUGAUUGUUUCCAAAGUUCAGAACAACUGUUUCAGGGCACAGGUUCCUGUCCUGCACAAGUUGACAGUGAUGUUCUGAUUUCUUCGUGGGCAGACAGUCCCCUUCCCCUGUCUGAAAGACUAAAAAGAAGACUCAAAAGUAAUUAGGUUGCUCAUAAAAAUAAUUACGGUAACGAUUAACUCUGAAACUUCACUUCUUACAGAGCUCUUUAGUUUCUCCUGUGCUAUGUCGACUGGAGUGCAAACAUUCAUGAUGAAUAAGAAGUGUUGUGAAAUACUUCAUACUGGUGCUGAAGUUUGAAACUAAAAUGAUGACAAAGGUACUAAAUCAGAUAUUAUGGGCUUGGUUAUGUUCUGAAUGAGUAAACAACAGACUCUGGUAUACAAGGGAGCAGGAUUGGUACUUUUGAAUUAUGAAGUCUUUUUUUCCCUGCCAGGUUGUUAAGGCUAUUAGUCCUUCUGCUUAUACAAACAGACUUAGCAAAAAAUGCCUGUUAUUGGAUGUGUUUAAUAAGGCAAAUCAGCACAGCACUUUACAGCUGGAACUUUCAAAUCUGCCCCACUGAGUGAAUUCUGCUAGUGUAAACUGUGCUUUUCAAAUUAUGGGAUGCUGGAUAUAUUGAUUAUUUCUAACAGGUCAUCUGAAGACAUGCUGCGGUGUAUGUUUGGGCAUAGCUAAAUUUAUAAUAUGCUGUGCCCUAUAAUAAACCUCUUUGAAUGUUUGCACCUUCCAAAUGAAUAAGCCAUAUAAGAAUAUUCUGGUUUUGUGGCUGUCGCUUCUGCUAUUAAAGAAAAUUUGAUGGCAGCUUUAACCACAUGUUUCUAAGCUAGGGCAUUUUUAAUUUACAUGUGGUAUGCAAUUUCAUCUAACGUUCAUGUAUAUGAAGAGAAAGGUUAAAUACAGAAAAUCAAAAUAUGAUAACAGUAUUGCAGGCUCUCUGAAGAGUAUCGUGUAUUGUAAAUGUUUUAUCUUACAGCGAGAACUUAAAUGCAAUUGAUUUUUGAAGGUGUUUUUUCUUUCCUCUUAAUAGUCAAGCAAACUGAUCAUAAACAAAAAAAAAACUGCCUUCUCAAGCUUAUUAGAAAAUUCUUCCUUACCUGUACUUAAUUCAUAAUUUUUCUUUGUUCUGGCCAGAAUGAAGGCCCAUCUUAAAUGCAGGGUUUAUAUUCUCCUUGGUUUAUAUUAUUCAUGCACUAAUGAAAAAAUCAAUUAUUUCUUACAAAGGCAGAAACCUUAGAAGUUAAGAAGCAAAACUCUGGCUGUGUUUAAAGAAAUAGAUAAUAUAAUCUGUAGUUAGUAAAAUUGGUAACUUCUUAGUUUGGCCUAUGGCAAGUAGCAGAAGCUGAUCUGUAGUAAAUUUUCUAAAUGAAAAAUGAGUUAUAUAGAUGAGCAAAGCUUCCAGAACUAUUGGAAACGUCUUCUGGAGGCUCACCACCCAGAUGAUGUGAGCAUAUAGCUGAAAGAACAGAAACGCUAUGGAGAAUCAGAGUAGCAGUCAGCUGCAAAUAAGAAAGGGGGAGAUUCCAGAUGUUCCAGUCAAUUGUGGACGGACUGUGUGUGUGUGUGUGUGUGCGCGUGCGUGGAAAAACACAUUUGUUUGAUCCUGUUUCUUUCUUGCUGCUGAUUUUUGAAUACUGAAGGUUCUGAUCAGCAGCUUGAAUUUUCAGGAAUAAAAUAUCAGCACUGUACUUACUGGAAGGAUCAUAAAUUUUUACCCAUACUUUGUGAAUUUCUGUGCUCUAGAUUUUUGUUUAAAGCUGGUGGUAAGCUAUAUUUUUUGGAGGAGUUUUUUGUUGUUGUUGCUUUUCAGAUUUCUGGAAAGACUGCCUUACUGAAGGAUUUUACAAAAAUACUGUGCCAUAAUUAACAACAAAUUUGUAUUUUAUGGAUUGUGAAAGUCAGAAAUGAGGUGCACUCAUGGUCUUGUAAGAACUGCAGUGGAAUAGAUUUGAAAAUAACUGCAUAGGAUACCACCUCUCACACUAUUUCUGCUCACUGCAGCAAAUCAACAUGGGAACAUUUAUCCUUGGGGGUAUCAACAGCUUUGUGAUUCUUUGCAGAGGGGAGAUCACAGUUUAAAUGCAUUUGGAGUUCUCACCUUAUCGUAAUUUACUCAAUGUGAGGAUUAGAGCCAAUUUCUCUACCUUGGAGCUGUUCUAAGUGUCAACGCUGACUGCUUUGCAGGCUCUCACAUUUGUGAAGAAAAUGUUUAAACAUAUUGAAUCAGUGUAACAGAUAACGUCUGCAGAAAAUAUUCCUAAAAGAUUAUGCUGAACUGGUUGCAAGUAGAAGUGAAUGUAACACAUCUGCCUGUUACCACUGAAUAUGUUUUCAUUUAUCCAUCCUGGUCAGCCAAAACAGUCUGUAUCAGGAUGCUUCAUACAAAGCAAUAAAACUAUGUCUGCUGUGAA